AUGGUUGAUCCCAACCGGAAGAUUAAUCGUUUGUCGGAUGAUGAUGCGGCAUUUUUGGUGGAAUGUGAACAAGAGUUUCGAAAUCGAUAUACCGAAGCUGAUAAGGAGUUUGCAGCAUUCACUGCAAAAUCAACUAGACCACCGCCAGUAGUUGAACCAUGGCAACGUCAUCAUGGUGACUCGACCAGUGGAAACUGGAACCGAAACAACUAUCGGCCCAACCACCAAGGAAAUCAUCAUUAUAAUCGAAAUAAUGAUAAUCGUUCGCAAAGAAAUUAUAGGCCCUACAAUCGAUACGAUCGAUAUUAUCGUCGCGACGGUGGCAGUGAAGGUUCAUCUCAUUCUUAA